AUGGCCCCACUCACUGAGCCUAUUAUCAUCGUUGGGGGAGGCACGUUUGGGACCUCAACUGCCUACCAUCUGGCAAAGAAAGGUUAUACCAAUGUGAUCGUGCUCGAUCGGUUUCCCGUGCCAUCCUUUGAAGCAGCCGGAAAUGACAUCAACAAGAUCAUUCGAACCGAAUACCCAGAGCCCUUAUACACGAAGCUAGCGUCCGAUGCUAGGGAAAUUUGGUCUGAUCCAAAGGGCCUGUUUUCUGGGCUGUAUCACCCUAGUGGAUGGAUAAUCGCGGUGGGUGAGAAAUCCAAAGCCUUCAUUGAUGGCUCCAUUCGAACUGCGCACGCUAUGGGGGUUGCUCCUCCAAGCCUUGUGUCCACCGAUGAGAUUCAUAAGCAGUGGCCAGAGAUGAAUGGUGACUUUGAGGGAUGGCAAUCAUAUUGGAGUCCAAAUGCGGCUUGGGUGGAUGCGAGGCAAGGUCUUGUCAGGAUGGCUCAAGAGGCCAUGAAAUCUGGAGUGAAAUACAUUUCUGGCGGCUCAGGGCACGCAAUGCAGCUACUGUAUGAUGAGAAUCAUGCAUGUAUUGGAGUCAAAUGUGCCGAUGGUUCCACUUAUUUUGCCAGCCAAAUCGUACUUGCGGCUGGCGCUGCAGCUGGAGGUCUCUUGGACCUGCAAGGACAAAUCGUCGCCCACGGCCACACAAUCGGUCAUAUUCAACUGACACCAGAAGAGGUGGAGAAAUAUAAGAAUAUGCCUAUUAUCGACCACUUGGAAGGAGGUAUCCUAUUCCCCCCACAGGAAGACGGCAUCAUGAAAAUUGGAGCUAUCCACUUCGUUACGAACUAUGCGCCAUUGCUCAACGGAAUCUCCCUUCCACGAUACCGGUCUGACAAUCCCCGAGACGGGAUCCCACAAGAAAUUGAGGCUCGCCUCCGCAAAUGGAUGGAGAGUUUUGUCCCCGAUCUUGCGCAUCGGGAAUGGUUCGAAACAAGGAUAUGCUGGGACGGGGAUAUGCCCGAUUAUAACUUCCUUAUCACGCCGCAUCCCAGCCACAAGAACUUGAAGAUUGCCAUUGGUGGCUCAGCGCAUGGCUUCAAGUUCCUUCCGGUCCUGGGCAAAUAUAUUGUUGAAAUGAUGGAAGGCAGUCUGGACCCUACAAUCGCUCAGAAGUGGAAAUGGAGGCCAGGUGUCGCGCCCGCGGACCACACGACGAAUCCUCAUCGAGAAGUGUCCCUAGACCUGAAUGCUCUACCUGGCUGGGGAAAGCCGGUCAAGAGCGCACUGUGA